CAGUACGAAUAUCAUAGUAUCGGUGUGGUUGACCUGAACUAAACAAGUUUCGAGUAAAAUCUGAAACGAAUUCCGACAGUAGUCGUCGUAGUCGGCCACUAACUGAAUGACUUCAUUAUUCAAAGCUCACGUCGUAAAUUAUUCGUUGCCUUGCGAAACGCUUUCCGGUAGUCUCGUUUGUGUUCUGGUAGGGGGAUUACUCGUCCUCAGUUUUACACAUCGUUGUACUCCGAGGAUCUUCUUCAAGUUCCCUUGCAGUGUCGCAUUUCUCUUGUCGGUUUCUCCAAGGUUCCUUUGUUGGUCCGGGAACCUAUCUUCGGACAUCGGGACUAUUGCAGACCUCGACAAUAUCAUAACAGACGAUUCUUCUCCCGCGAGGGAAAGCCGGUGAAAUAAUGCACGGGCCGUGCCAACGAGCACGCGUCAUCCUCUAUGACAAAGUAAACCUGGC